UACUAAGGAUGAAUAAACAGUUGAAUAAUCGUCUUUUCCCUUCCUAACAGAAACAUGCAAAGAAGCUGUAAUUCUGCUGUUGUAGCCCUUUUACUGUUGUUUUGCAAUAAACUUGAUGCGCAAGGUUCCUGCUGUUAUCGCUCAAAUGAUUCUGUAGCAAUUGAUAGCAUUAACAUCAAGGCAACAUUUCUCACAAUUGAUCUUUACAAUACAAAAUGGGAUUUACAGGUCAACAUAUCUUGGACACCUGUCGAAGGUUACAACAGAUAUAUUGUUGAACUCGAGACGUAUAGCGCCCCCUCCUCUAGCAAUGCAUUUUGUAAUCCACUGACCUCGUGUACUUUUGACGGUGUAUCGGAUUCAUAUAGCGCACAUACCCAAAAAACUGCUCAAGACGUCCCCCACUCCUCCGUUCAAUACAUCAAUCAUACACAACGUGCAACCUCCUCCGCUCCCUGGACAGCAGGGGUGGCGCCAGGAUUUGCCUGACGGGGGAGGGGGACGAUUCCCCCGACGAGGUGUCAGAUUUCCCCGACGAAAGCAAAGUGGGCGUGGUCGAGCUUUGAUUAAAACGUUUCGAAAGUGGUCCAGCAGGUGAAGCCCCCGAAAAUGUUGACAAUUCAGAGGUUUCAAAGGCUUAUUUAAUCGAUUUUACUAGUAUGUAGGGGUGGGGGAAGCUCUCCUAGACGGGGUCCCCUGCUGGCGCCACCCCUGCUGGGCAGUAUUUUUUUGUUAUUAAUUAGCACAACUAAUUUCAUUCCCAUUUAUUCAUCUCCCUACUAGGUACCCAUUUAUACUCUCGAGUUCUUGUGAAAUAUUCUUGUCAAAAUUGUUAAAUAGGUAGCCCUCUCAAUAAUGAAAAUAAUUUUAUAUUGGUCUAUUGAUACCUAAGCCUAUGCCUACUAUUAAUAAAUUUGUAGUACUAAAAUGUAAGAUCGUGAAAAGUGAAAUAGAUUCCUUCCAAUAGAGUAAAACAAAGUAAAAAAAGGUAAGAUAUCACUCUAAUUCAGAGAAGAAUUAAUUUUCAAUCGUUAAAGAAUGAAUUCACUCAUUUAUAUUUAGAGUGUACAAAAGUAGGUUAAACCGUACCAAAGCAUCGAGGUUAAGAGAUAGAUUGUGUUGAUCCGGUGCUUUGCCCAGCAAUGACACAAAUAAUCUCUAUUUUGUAUUAUUGUAUAGCAUUUCACUUAGAAUAUCUAUUGAUAGCAAUUUAUCUACAAAUCGUACCACAAGUGUAAUAUAUUGUAAUAUGUGGCCUCACAAUUAAAUCACAUAUAAAAUAAACACAUAUUUACGUAUUCAAACUACAAAACUUUCAACUGAAUUUCCAAACAAAACAAAAUAUUUUCUCUGCCAAGUAUUAAAUUAAAAUUGUUGAUAACUUAUCAUGAGGAUAUCGUAUUUUUAAUUGAAUAACGAUAGUACCCUUCAUUUUUUAUAUUUA